AUGGCGCAAACACCAUCUUAUGAGAAAUUUCUUAAAGACACACUCGUUAAGAAGGAGAAAUUAGAAGAAGAACCAGUAAUCCUGCUGUACUGCAACAAAACCUACCAGCCAAGAUGCGUCUCUAUUCCUAGUGCACUGUGCGACUUGGGAGCGAGUGUGAGUCUAUUACCAAAGACCACAUAUGACAAGCUGAACGUGGGUGAACUGAAACCCACUAAGAUGAUUUUGCAGCUGGCAGAUAAGUCAGUGAAAGCCCCCCUUGGGACUUUAGAGGACAUACCACUUAAGGUUGAAAACGUUUACGUUCCGAUCGAUUUUGUGGUUACUGAUAUGGAUAACAGAAAUGAUGAAUCAGUCAUCUUAGGACGUCCAUUCCUUAACACUGUUGAUGCCGUAAUUCAUGUCCCGAAAGGAUGCAUAGAGAUGCAUAAGGAGAUGAGGACAUUGAAUUCAAGCUGGAACCAAAGCCAGAACUGA